UCACACACACACACACGCUGAAUGUGUCACUUCCCUCUUUCUCUCUCCUUCCCUCUCUCUGACAGAGAGUCGGUACUGAGACAAGCAAGUCUCCUGCCCUGAGAACACAAUGAUUCUGCCCAAAUCAAGACGCUGGAUUCCUUUCUGUCUGACCCUCGCACUUCUCUCUCAAGGAGCUGUGAUGGGGGAAGGUGUGAUCACUCAGGUCCCGAGUCUGGUCCAUAGGACUGAGGGGCAGUCGGUCACUCUCAACUGUACUGUCCGUGAUACAAGUGCUGGAGCAGCAAGGUGGAGCAGAGACACAGGCAGAGGCAGACAGCCCUUCUUCAAUACAGGAGGUGGGGCCAGUGACCCCCGCGUGACCUUUAUAUUAGAUAACCAUCUAACAGACAAGUCCAUCAGAAUAGACAACCUGACCCUGGGGGACUCUGGGGUCUAUUACUGUGACAAGUACAGACCAGGUCCCUCCAGUGAGAUCGCAGUCCGAGGACCAGGAAUGAAUCUGACAGUGACAGAUAGCACCAGGGAGAGUGAGACUCAGCCCUCUGUCAUCGUGGUCAGCGUGGUGACUGUGGGGGUCAUCCUGGUCCUGCUGGUGGCCAUGGUCGUGUGGCGUUGCUCUCAUCACCAGAAAACAGGAGGACAGAAGGGAGAUGUGAGGCCAGAAGAUGCCAUCAAACACACUUCUACUGAAGAUGCAGAAGUGACUGACAGCUGGCAGUUAUUUUAA